AGUUGAAGUUUCUUUGGCACAAACGUGUUCCAAUAUGCUUCAUCCAGAGAGUAUUACAAGCAGGAAAAUCAGAGAAUCGUAGAGAACCAACUAGAACCACCCAUUUACAAAUAGAGUGUGUAUUCUGUGGAACCAUCGGACAGGAAGGGAAAGUUGAGAAUGAUACAUGCAGAUUGCGUGGGAAGUGAUGGGAAGUUUCAACAAGGUUAAGAACUGACGUGUUGAUUUUCCAGUCUGCUGUGUGAAAGUUGUUGAUCAGAGAUACAAGAAGGGCAAAUUUAAGGUGGAAACGUAAAAUGGUGUACAUAGCUUCUGACGGGUCAAUCCGUGAAGGAGCUCCAUGGGGUCUAUCGAGACUAUUUGCUUUCUUUUGGGCAUUUUUCAAUGCCAUAAUAAUGUUCUUCAAAACAUUAAUUAAUCCAGAUUAUAAUAAACAUGGUAAUCAGUAUACGCGAGACUACAAACCAGGAAAUGGUCCACCUCGACCUCCUCGCCGGAGAAUGGGUGGCUUUGGUCCUGGUGGUACUGUGCCGGAUUGCAGUGCUGGUGGAUGAGCUCGCUAAAUGCCUGGUUAGAGUGGUGCUUUUCUACUAACCAGGCACAUCACCAAACAGCCAAGACUGACACGCUUACCCAGUUUGUGCUAGUCUUGGCUCUUCCAAGCUGCAUUAUUAUCUUGCCUGUUGUGGGCUGAAUGAGGUCUUCCUCAUAAACCCUUCUGGGGUGGAGUGUAGGCUGAUGAUGAGAUAAUUUUGCCUUGGAAGACUUUUAUUUAUAUUGAAUUGUAAUGGAAGGAAAGUUUUUGUGUACUAUUGUCUCAUUGAAAUGUAUAAGGAAUAAGAUUUCAUUUUGCACUAAAUAUGUUAUGUUGCAAAACAAUAAAUGUAAUGGUUGAAGUUAAUGAAGUUCUUACAAAUCCUAUUCACUAUUUUUGCUCUUCUGAAAUCUGGAGAAAAGUAGUUAAUAUCUGACACUCAUAAGAAAUACUGAUGAUUAAUGUAGUCUAUAUUUCCCUUUAUAAAUAUGACUGACCCUGAUGUACAUAUAUUGCAUUCACAGCUUGCAAUUGAAACUUACAGAGAUCAAAUAUAAUAUUGUGAAUGAUCUUAAGAUGGUAUCUAAUUUUCAAAAACUUUUAAAGCAAGCCUGUUAUUUAUGCUAUUAUAAUUUAUUAUUGUAACUAUUUUUAGAUUAAAAUUUACUGUUUUACUAUUUUAAAUGGUUUAUUUAUAUACUACUAUUAAAAUGUUCUUUCGUUUGCAUUAAAUGUUAUGUGUGGAGUAUAUUCUUUUGCAUUAUCCUUUGUUAUUAUUUCUUUCAUGCCUCAUAGUUGUCAGUGGUCAAUGAUGAUAAAUAAAGUUUAAAAAAAUAUACUUUUAAAUGUUGUCUUGAGGAUGUAUAUCAAUAAAAUAGUGGCUAUCAACAAAAGAAAAGGAAUGUUGCUGUGGCCCACGACAUUACAUUUAAGUUAUUGGAGAUAAAGGAAAUGUAGUUACCUAAUUGCUUUGUCAUUACUUGUCCAGAAUGAAGGAAAUCCCAGUAAUGAAAAUAGUACCAUUGUUAAUCAUGAAAUUAAUUUACUAAUUGCUCUCUUAAGGGUUAGAAAAAACUUAUUUCAAAAAACUCAGCCCAGAGGGUAUUUUUAGUUUUUUGAGGCAAUAUUUUUUAAAUUAACUUCACAUAAAACUUAUUUUCAUGGUUUGAACAGUCAAAUACAUUUAUUCAAUAUUGCCAAGUUCGUAUAUGACUUGUUCAAUGAACCACCUCCCCUCAAUCCCUCAGUUUUAAGAUUUGAAACUAAUACAAUCCUUACUGGAAACUUUUGUGUAUGUAAGUGUUUUUUUUUUUUAAGUCAAUACUAGCUAUUUAAAUUUGUAUUUUAUUGACACGACUUUAUUUCAUGCUUUUGUUGUUUUCAUAUUGUUUGUAUGAGCCAGUGGUGAAAUUUUAAUGAUUAUUUUGAUACAAUAUUAUAAGUUAAAUUUUAUUUGAAAUAAUAAUAAAAAAAAUUAUUAAUUUUUUGUUUUGUUUCUACUUGGCAAGUGUUUUGGGGCAAGGAAAAAAAUAGCGCUGUAUUUUAUUACCUGCCAUAUCCAUGUUUUCUGAGCACACAAUUCAUAAUUUCAUUGAAAGAGAUUGAUUCAUUAUAUACUAUUUAUUAAAAUGUUGGAAAUUAAAUCUCUAUUAUGAACUAUAUUUAAAAAGGUUUUUGUUUUAACCUAUUAGCUGAUUUCAUAUUUUUUUAGAGCUCACUUAAAAUUUGCUUUAAAAUUAAUAAUUAUAAUUCGGAUGUUAAGUAAGGUUGUCUGCUUUCUAAAAAUAAAGAACCUGUGAAACUUCAAAUAGGAAAAAUAAAUUCACAUAAUAUAAUAUGUAGGUAAUUCUAAUGCUCAGGUACAUGGAUUGAAUUCUUAACCCAUAGAUCAAAAGACAUUCACAAUCUGCCACUUCGGACAAUGCUUGGAAAUCUGGCGACCUUAUAGUGACGUCAUCUCUUCUCCUAGUUGGCUUAUAAUUUUUCAUUUGUGUUUGUGCAUUAAUGGUAUGAAUAUUUUAA